AUGAAAGCAGUUCGAAAAGUCUUUAACAACAUUAAGAAACAUAAAGUAUCAGCAGUCCAUUUUCUCUAGUAGACUGAGGACACAGCGAACUUCAUCUACAAGAGAUAUAUCAAUAAAAAGAUUGAAGAGCUAGAUAUAAGAUCUCAUUAAAUUUUGGAAUCUGAUAACUUCAUUUAAGUUGAGGAUUACCUCUUAAAAGAAGAUGCAGCUCUUAGAAGGCUUCUUAAGCGCAUCAAUAAGGCGCUAACAUUUAUUAUUGACAGAAGGCAAUCUAAAGGAGAUAGCAAUUUGAAUCCCCGACAAAGGAAUAAUAUACGUUACAAUAAUCUCAUUUAAAAGCAGCAGUUUCAUUAAAAUCAGUUCCAAGAUAAAUCUCCCUUUGAGAUUGAAUAGGAAUGCUAGAUGAUGUACCAACUUGAGAAGAACUUUGAAAAGGAAUAUUUAUAAGUUAAAAAGCAGCAUUAAGAUGCCUAAUUGCAUGAAAAAUAAAUACCUAAAAAUUAAAGAUAAGCUGAUGAAGAUGAGACUUUAAAAAUCAGACAUAUCAAGGAUUAAUCAAGGCAAUUAGAUCAGCUCAAACAGAAGAUAGCUAAAAUAGAGGCUAAGGUCUAGAGUAAUGAACAGAUCAUAGAAGAGUAUAUGUAUAAGUAUGAGCAUCUUGUCAAAAAGGAAAAGUAAUGUGUGUCUGUUGGCACUCAAUAUGGGCUAAACUUUAGCAAUGCUUAGUAGGCUCAUGAAAUGAUUUAAAAUGAAUUGAUGGAGGGAUACCAGUUACAGCUGAUUAAUUAAUUGAAGAUAAUUAAGGAAUCAAUUGAAUCAAUGAGGCGCAAGUAUCAAACUCUUAAUGAUGUAAAUCAACAGAAAAUUUAGAGUCUGCUUGAUGAAAUGUCAACUCACAGCUAGAAAUACUUUGAGAUGAGCGAAAGCCUUAAUAAGAGAAUCAAAGAUUUUAGCCUGCUUAAAAUGUCUUUCGAGUAUAAAAGGAGUAAACUAUGUGAAUAGCAAAGGAAAGAAAAUACAAUAGCUAAGAUUAAAGAGUUAAUCAGAGAGCCAAAUGCCUAUAACCUGAAUGGAGAAGAAGAAGGUUACGGUGAAAAUUUAGAAUAUAAUAACCUUAUGAAUGUAGAAAACGAGAGUUUUUUAAACUCAUCACAAGAUAACAUCAAAAUAUGA